ACGUCAUCGCUCCCACACAACACGGAAUAUGGCGGCCAGCUCGGAUCGGAUUCCUCCUCCUCUCUCUGCUGCAGACGAGCCAGAAGCAGGACUGGUUGACAUGGCAGACGGAGACAGCGACGAGGGAGAGGACAUCUUCAGUAACCCUAUGGCUGUCAGUCGAGGAGUUUCUCACACUGGUCAUGUCAGUGAAGACCCUCAAGAUCUGUUCAGUGAGGAAGAAGCCAGCAACACCAAUGCCAAGUCCAAUGGAGUUCACUCUGAUGAUGACAACGACCUGUUUGCUGAGGCUCAUGCAGAGCUGAGCACAGACAAGCCCGCCAGCACUGCUCGGAAGGAGCUCAGCGCCUCCUCUGGCUCUCGUCCUGCCUCCUCCUUCACCCAGAGCCCUGCAGCCAUGCAGCCUACCUCCUUGGAGCAGAUGGAGGAGGAAGAGGCCAAGGAUAGUUUUGAUGUGGAUGUUGCUGUCACUAAUCCAGAGAAAAUUGGUGAUGGCAUGAAUGCUUAUGUGGCCUACAAAGUAUCCACCAGGACCUCCAUGGCCAUGUUCAGGAAUAAGACCUUCUCUGUGAGGCGGCGUUUCAGUGACUUCCUCGGCCUUUAUGAGAAGAUGUCGGUCAAGCAGACGCUCCAUGGCUGCAUUAUUCCGCUGCCACCGGAGAAGAGUGUCGUAGGAAUGACUAAAGUGAAAGUGGGAAUGGACGACCCCUCAUCAGUAGAGUUUGUGGAGAGAAGAAGAGCAGCUCUGGAGAGGUAUCUUCAGAGAAUUGUGGCUCACCCAACAUUACUACAAGAUCCGGACGUCCGUGAGUUCUUGGAGAGAGAAGAAUUACCCAGAGCAGUGAACACCCAGGCGCUGAGCGGAGCUGGCUUCCUCAAAAUGAUCAAUAAGGCAUCAGAUGCUGUCAACAAGAUGACCAUCAAGAUGAAUGAGUCUGACACUUGGUUUGAGGACAAGUUCCAGGAGGUGGAGAAUGAGGAGCAGCAGCUGAGGAAGCUCCAUGCUGUGGUCGACUCCCUGGUCAAUCACAGGAAGGAGCUGUGUGGGAACACGGCAGUAUUUGCCAAAAGUAUGGCCAUGCUGGGAAACUCUGAGGACAACACUGCUCUUUCGAGGGCUUUGUCCCAGCUGGCGGAGGUGGAGGAUAAGAUGGAGCAGCUGCAUCAGGAGCAGGCAGCCAAUGACUUCUUCAUCUUUGCAGAGGUGCUGGCUGACUACAUCCGCCUGCUGGGUGCUGUGCGGGGCUGUUUUGACCAGCGUAUACGGGCGUGGCAGCGAUGGCAGGAGGCUCAGAGCACGCUCCAGAAGAAGAGAGAGGCAGAGGCCAAACUGCUGUGGGCCAACAAGCCGGACAAACUGCAGCAAGCCAAGGAAGAGAUCACCGAGUGGGAGGCCAAAGUUACUCAGUACGAGAGAGAUUUUGACAGGGUUGGUAUGACUGUACGUAAGGAGGUUCUCAGGUUUGAGAAAGAAAAAGCCAAGGACUUCAAGAGCCAGAUAAUAAAAUAUUUGGAGUCAAUGCUUCAGUCUCAGCAACGGCUUAUAAAAUUUUGGGAGGCGUUCCUUCCUGAGGCAAAGGCCAUAGCUUAAUGAAGAGGGAGACUUUUUGAAGACCCCAACUGCCUUUUUUUGAACACUUUACCUCUUAACCAGGAACUGAGAGAGGACAAUUUUGCAACACACAAGAAACUUCCAUCCAUUUUUUUUUCUUUUGUCUUUUUAAUCAUAGUGUAUUCUCUUAUCUUGUACAGUUCUUUGAUAUAUUUACACAAUCUUUAUUCUGCAUAAUUCCUUGUUUAUGUUCUUGAGAGAUUAACCUGCCCGUAGUAUUUGCAAAACCCUGCUGCCUGUCAGUGGGAUAUACAAUAUAUUUAUGUUACUUGCUUAAACAAGUAUAAUAAAGUGUUAACACUGAGGUACUGCCCUAGAGUAACAUUGUCUAUAGUUUACAUUAGAAGAUAGACGUAUGUAAGUCAUUCCAGUCUCUAACAGCUUGUGUUGAUGGAUGCAUGUCGGAUGAUGUUUUGAUGCACUAAAAUGCAUUGUACAGUUGGAAAAGCAGGUUUUUAAAUGAAAUGCCACUAUUGAUGACUGAAGUCAUUUACCAAGAGUGUUAGCACAUAUUACAGUGUAUCACAUAAUGCAUAUUAGAGUAUAGAAAUCAUAUUAAAACUCUUUGAUUUGACAGGCUUACAGGCGUGUCAGAGUUGCUACAAAAUUAAAGAAAUGUAAAGGUUACAGUGAAUGAAAGUUUGUGAAAUACUGUCACUGCUUUGUUGGUUAUUUGCUAUGAUGAUGAAUUUACUAGAAUAGUGAUUAUUACAUGAAUCAAGUCCCUCCAGAUCAGUCUUAUGCACUCAUCAUUUUUUGUGUCAGAGAUUGAGGCCCAAAAGGAACUCAUUUGGAGCUGCUGCAGAGUUGAUUUACCGUCAGUGUAAAUGACUCUCGACAUGUAUGUACACAUGUACACUACUUGAAUUCAAUCAUGCAACCACUGUCGGAUGUUAUUAGUAACCCUAUACUUUUGAUAAAUUGGUUUAACAAUGGUAACAAAAAAAAGGCACAGACAUUCAAGUUAUACUGUUCCUUAUUUUCUUAUUGGACAUUUGUAAGUGUAGUUUUUCUGUCAUGUCAUAUUUGCGUAAGAACAUGCUUUAUUUUUGUAACCACUUUGCAUUAGCACACAUUUUCCUGGAAAUGCUAUACAGGUAUAUGUACA